CGCCCGCCGGACGGACGAAUCCCCUGCUGCGAGCCAGGGGAGGUCCCUGAGCGGCUCCCCGCCAAGGAGACCAAGCUCUACAGACAUGGAUGCAUUCCAGAAGGUCGAGAAGAUCGGAGAGGGCACCUAUGGGGUGGUCUAUAAGGCCAAGAACAGAGAGACUGGGCAGCUUGUGGCCCUCAAGAAGAUCAGGCUGGAUGUGGAGACUGAGGGGGUUCCCAGCACUGCCAUCAGGGAGAUCUCCUUGCUCAAAGAACUGAAGCACCCCAAUAUUGUCAAACUGCUGGAUGUGGUCCACAGAGAGAAGAAGCUCUACCUGGUGUUUGAGUUCCUCACUCAGGACCUGAAGAAGCACAUGGACUCCACUCCCACCUCGGGGCUCCCCCUGCACGUAGUCAAGAGCUACCUCUCCCAGCUGCUGCAAGGACUGAACUUCUGUCACUGUCAUCGGGUCAUCCACCGAGACCUGAAGCCUCAGAACUUGCUCAUCAACCAGUUCGGAGCCAUCAAGCUGGCGGACUUUGGACUGGCUCGAGCCUUCGGGGUUCCCCUGCGUACCUACACCCAUGAGGUGGUGACACUGUGGUACCGUGCCCCCGAGAUCCUCCUGGGCAGCAAAUUUUACUCAACAGCUGUGGAUGUCUGGAGCAUUGCUUGCAUCUUUGCAGAAAUGGUGACUGGCAAACCUCUGUUUCCUGGGGACUCAGAGAUCGACCAGCUCUUUCGGAUCUUUCGUACCCUGGGGACCCCCAGUGAAGCCACAUGGCCAGGAGUCUCCCAGCUGUCCGAUUAUAAGAGCAGCUUCCCCAAAUGGACCAGGAAGGGGCUGGAGGAGAUCAUGCCUAGGCUGGGACCAGAAGGCAAGGACCUGCUCCUGCAACUCCUGCAGUAUGACCCCAGCCAGCGGAUCUCUGCCAAGACCGCCCUGGCCCAUCCCUACUUCUCCACAGAGCGCUCCCUAGCGCCCCGCCAUUGCGUGGUGGAGCAGAGUUUCUACCACUAAGAUCAUGUAUGUGGGGCCCACCACCUCACAUCCUCUCUGGCUGCCCCCCCCCCCCUGGAACCUGUUUCAAAUGAAGCAUAUUUAGGGAGAGAAUACACCCCUGAGGAAUUUUACAUCAGUCUUCAGAAGGCCGGGCUUGGGUUUGUCCUGCCUGCAGGUUGGGGAAUUCCUGUGUUGUUUGAUUUAAUGGUUCAUUUCAGAAGGCAUGCAGGUGCUCCGUACAGGGGGUGGGACUGGACCCCUGGUGUCCAGCUAGUCGACAGGCUCCAGCCCUUCCCCUUCCCUGCUGUAGCUGCAGAGCCAGGCCCAAGGACAGGGCGCCCUCUGUCGGUCUUGAUUUUGUUUUAAGCUGUUUGUGGGAAGAGGCGAGUCCAGUUCAGAGGGCUCAAGCCGGAGGUGGGGUAGGACACUCUGGGGGCACCUGAGGGUGUUCUAAGUAGUUGUCUCAUCAUCAAAGAGGCUGUGGAUGUCCUUCUGUGUGACAAAUGGGGAAUAAAUGUAACUUGUUCCUGAGUUUUCGGGUGUCAUUCUGCUUAUGGGGGAC